AUUAGUCAUUUCACAAUGAAUGACAGGUGACUCUGACUUACACCGCUAUGAUUAGCUUUAUGCAGGAUUAGAAUUCAAAUUACAAUGUGCACAUGGCUGUAAUAGUAGAAAAUGACAUGGAAAUCGUUACAAUCUGGUCUCGAUGUUUAAUAUAUGUGAGCAGUAAAGUAACUUAAGAGUGAUCAAAGAAAAAAAACCCCAGAUUAUUGAAGUUGCUUUUUAUUCAGUCUUGUAUUGACACAGCAACAACGGUUAAAAUUCAUCUUGAUAACUACUGGACACAAAUCUAUAGACAAUACAUAUUAAAGAUACAUGCAGAUGUACCAGUUGUGAAAGAAUAUUUUAACAUUCUUCAACAUUUUCUACUUAUAAAUCAUGAAUCAGGGUCCCCAUAGCACCUUGCCUAAUGAACAGGCUGGUGUAUUGAAUUUGAUGGGGGAGCCAAAUGCUUUGCAUGCCUCUGGAGCGUACAGUGCAAUGCCAACAUACAUUAAUAAUGAUAGUUACGAUUCUAGAGGAUCUCCUGCCCAAGCUUCAGACCUUUAUGCUUAUAAUGGAAGACCUCCCAUCAAAACGGAACCCUAUGGAAGCCCAGAAAGUCCACAUCCAUUGAAAAAUGAUGCUUAUAGCUUAGAGCAGCCACAGUUAAAAUAUGACACAAAUGGAGGUUCAUCUUUACCUGCUAGAACAUACAGUUCUGGUGAAGGAGUCAAAACCGAAUCAUAUAGUCCCCAUGAGCGAUCUGUUAUUAAAUCUGAAACUUAUGGAACAUGUGAACAAUCUGUUGUGAAAAAUGAAACUUACGGAUCUUGUGAAAGACCGAUGAUCAAAAGUGAACUUUAUUCGUCAACAUGGUCAGGGGGUGGAGCCACAGCACAUCAACAAGGUGAUGGAUAUCCUAGUUACGGGUCACCACAUGACUAUGUGCCAGCUAAUAAUCAGGAAUACGCAUUGUCUAUGCCUCAGGACUAUUUAGGGUCACCCAAUCAUAUGGUGGGAGGCUCUACAGAGCAGCAAUAUCAUCAAAUGGCCAAAAUUAAACAAGAAAUGGACAUGUCUGCUCAGUUACAGCCGUCAAUGUCGUUACACAAUUCUAUGUAUUCACCAAUGUCUUCAUUACAUAGUAAAAUGUUUCAGGCUGAUAUGCCGGGACAAAGUGAAGGAUACCAACCACCAUCAAUGUCUCUCCAUAAUCCAAUGUACAAUUUAGGGCCGAUGUCUUCACAAAACCAUUUCUACGACCAGCCAUCAACAUCAUCUCACCCCAAAUUAUAUCAACAAGCGAUGGCCACGCCUGGUCAUGAACCAGGGUAUCAGCCAGCUAUGUCUCCACACGGUCAUCUUAUGUAUCAUCAAUCGUCAAUGUCCCAGCAUGCUACUUCUCAUCCAUAUCAUCAGCAAUAUCCCAUGUACAAUAAUUCUAAUACAUAUCAAGUUCCUAAUUCCUCCAUUUAUCCUCCAUAUUUACCUCAGAAUCCAUGGACAAACUUCAACCCAGGUUUUCCUACCACAUCCGACGAUUAUUCCGAUUCUGUGAACUGUAGUCCCAAGAAGAAAUCUAAGAUGUCCAUUAGUGCAUCAAAUUCGAAAAAGGAACCCGUUCAGAUCGUAUCUCAACAGCAUUUUCAUUCCAAAAGAGGAAUUUAUACAUUUGAAGUCAAUGAAAUGUCAUUAGCAUCGAACAAUACAUUUAGUAUAACGGACAAUUAUUUAAUGAUAGAAAAGCGAUUGUGCGAGAGUCUCAUACAAAUAGAUUUACCAGACAAUGUUUGCUAUGUUUAUAAUCCCUUGGAGUACGCAUUUAAUCCUCAUCGUGAUUUUAUAGAGAAAUACUGCAAUACUCAAAAACAGAUAUUGUUUUUAGGUAUGAAUCCAGGUCCGUUUGGAAUGUCUCAAAAUGGGGUACCGUUUGGUGAAUAUAACAUUGUUCGUGAUUGGUUAAAGAUAACUGGUGAUGUAUCGAAACCUGUUAAAGAACAUCCCAAAAGAUUAAUUGCUGGUCUAGAUUGUAAGAGAUCAGAGGUAACUGGGAGUAGAUUUUGGGGAUAUUUCCGAAAGUUGUGUGGUACUCCAGAGAAUUUCUUCAAACACUGUUUUGUUUAUAAUAUGUGUCCUAUGGCAUUUAUGUCCGAUACGGGGAAGAAUAUCACACCACCCCAGAUACCGGCAAAUGUUUUAAAGUCUAUAAAUACCGUUUGUAACACAAGUUUACUGGAAGUGAUUCAGCUGUUGAAUGUCAAAACUGUUAUCGGAGUGGGAAAUUAUGCGUAUAAUGCUGCACAAAAACUGAUGGCUUCGGCAAAUAUGGACCACAUCAAAGUUCAUGUCAUCAUGCAUCCUAGUCCGAUAAAUCCUGCAGCUAACAAAGGUUGGGAUAAUAUCGCUAGAGACCAGUUACGGAGUAUCGGAAUCCUGGAGUUGUUACAGAGUACUAAUCCUGGCGGUCAAUAUGACUAUAAUAAUACUAAACUCUAGUUUCAUAUUAUAUACUAUUAGUGCUAAAACUAUCAUUUAGAAAACCAUUAUACAGGAGUCUUGUUUUUGUCAGAAAAUGGUUUACAAAGAUGAGUGUUCAUGUCUUCUUGUGAGCUAUUAUUAUUAUAUACAACAUCUUAUGGGCAGGGAGUUGGUGCUUGGGUGUAAAUAGAACAUAUCAGUGUUCACUGGCAAUGCCUGUAUGUAACAAAUAUUCCCUUUAUUAAGGUUUCAAUCUAUGUCUGAUAAAGUCUGUGUUCUGGGUAAAUAACAAAGUACAAGACAAUUCCUGUAGCUAAUGUCUCAGUUAUAUAUGAGAAGUGGUAUUAGGUGUUCAAGAAAGUGUAGUAAUUAUGACUACAUAGCCAUAUUUUCAUCAUUUCUAUCCUAUACCAUGAUUAUCAGAAAUCAGAAUGAUUUUGUGGGUAGUUUUGUUAUGGUUUAUUUAAGAAUCCAAUCAAACUGUAGGCUAUUUUCUGACAACAAGGCCCUGCAUACAGUAGCAUUUAUAAAUAUUGUUUAUUUAUGUAUUGUUAUUAUGGCAUUUUUAGAAUUAGUCUGAAUAACUUGACUAGCUGUGAUCUAGCAUUAUAAUACAAUGUCUGUUACAUGAUAGUUCGUUCUAAUUAAAUAUAUUAUUAACAAAUCUCAGGCAAUUGUUCCUUGCCAAAACACCCCAAAAAAUAUGAAUUGUUCCAAUGGCAUUUAGUAAUUGAACUGGAAAUACAUAGGACGCCAUUAUAUGGAGUAUAAUUCCUGUGUAUUACUGGGCGUCUUUUUGACUAAAAUAUGAUCGGAUAUUAUAUAUACAUGUACAUGUAUAUGAUAUAAGAUCAUACUUUAUCAUUGAUUGAUAAAGACCAGAGAAGCUUAGACUAAUAUCUCUCUCAGUAAUUGUAUUCCAUAGAAUUAUGUCCCAUGUAUAACCAAAAGUAUAGUCAUGAGAUGGUCACAGAAUGUCAAGUAAUUGAGACUAUUUUAGGGUAUACUUGUACAUUAUUAUUGUAUUUAUCAACGAAUAUGUACAUGUAUGUGAACAUGAUCACACUGAUCAUUCUCGUUCAUUUCUCCUCUACUUAUAGUGUACAGUUAUAUUUAAGAACUUUUUUUUUAUGUUUUUGAACAUAAGAGUUAAAUUCUUGUUAAAUUUUUUUUUUAAAUACUUUUUUUUAGCGUGAAAUACAUGUCAGUGUUUUGUGUAUUUAAUGUUUUUGUUAAUGAUGUACAUGUAGUAUAAACUUUCAGCUAACUUUUAUACAAUGUUUAUAUUUCUUAAAGCAUUUAUAACAUUUACAACAAUAAUUCCAAAGAAUCUCGAUAAGAUAACUAAUCUUUAUCAUGGAGAAGAGUCAACGUAGGCUAGACCCUUUCUCCAAUUCUAGUUCAGCUUUUGUCAGGGAGAGGAGAGUCAACAAAGUUUAUAUCGGGGAGAAGAGUCAUCGUAGGUCAUCCCUGCUUUUUUCAGGGGGAGGAGCCAAGCCGCCUGAUUUCCAAUCCUAAAUCAGCUUUAUUCAGAAGGAGGAGUCAAAGUAGGCCAAGUCUGUUCUCCAAUCCCAGUUCAGCUUUUUUGAAUAAAGUUAUUGUUUAUAUGAAAGAAAUCUUUUUGGGAAAGAUGAACAGUAAGAGUUCACUCUUUUUGCAACUAGAAGUGAACUUAUUUACGAGUAGGGUUUGUUCUUUUAAUAGGAUAGACAACCAAUAUAAAUAUGAGAAGAAUAGGUUAAUAAUUUAUAUGCAUCGUUAAAAAUACUUGUAUUUCUGAUUAUUGUGUUGUAGUACUGUAAAAACUAUGGAUAAAAUGGUGACAUAUUUUUUUAUUAGAGCCUGAAUGCAGUAUGCAAUAUACAUAUUUGAUAUUAUUUAAGGAAGCUUUAUUAUAAACAGAACCAAAUAAUCAGGUUAUUUAGUCAUUAUUUGGAGUUAUUUUAUAAUUUCCUUAUUUUACGUUAAGAUCCUUUAAAAUUGACAGUAGUUGAGUAUCUAUGUUAUGUACAUUAAAGGAUAUUUGAUCAAUUUUACUUUAAUUCUAGAAAUAUUAAAAUUUUAAUCUACCAUUCAAUUGUAUUAAUUACCAAUGUUUAAUUAAAGGAUAUUUGAUCAAUUUUACUUUAAUUCUAGAAAGUUUGAUCUACCAUUCAAUUGUAUUAAUUACCAAUGUUUAAUUGAUUGUGUUUUAUAUGCCCACAUUUAAUGUGAAUGUAUAUUGUCGUCACCUGUGUCCGAUCAUAAAUUUUGAAAGCGAUUUUUAUUUCCAAUCAUAUUUUGACUUUUAAAGCUUGUAAAUGCAAUAUAGCACAAUUCUUAAGGAAUUUUGGGUAUUGUUCAUUUCGGCUAAUGGAGAAACCUUAUUGAAAUUCAGCAUUUUCCGAUCACAAAUGAACGAGGUAUUAUAAUAUUUACGUUCAAAUUUAUGAAAUCUAAUAAUCACGAUACACAACAGAGAAUUUUGAAAUGCUGAUUUCUCAUUGUGACAUAAAAAAAAGCCUAUCAAAUUUCUUAAUUUUCUAACAAUAAUAAUUAUGUGAACACAUUCAGCCAUGUUCUUUUUCCGUUCAGAUUUUUACCCUUAACUCUUGUGAACGCAAAACAGUAAACAGUUCUCAUAUUAUUCACAGGGUCACAAUUCAGAAAUAUUUUGCUAGUUACUCCCAUACCAUCAGUGAUUUUACUGAUUAUGCCAUAAAACCCUAUCAAAUUUCAAAAUUUUCUUAUUUAAAUUCAAAUGUGUUUUGCAGGGACUAUCUUUCCGUUCUAUUACUAGUGAAAUUGUUAAUUGGGACAUAAGGGAGAACUCUAUUGAAUUUCAAGAGUCAAUACUUCUAAAGCUAAGCACAGAGUCCAUAAUAGAUUUUUUGCUGGAUUUUUUAACAGUGAUUUUAGAUUUUAUCACCGACAGCUCUGCUAGUGGUGGGUGUAUAAGGGGCCUGAGAAGCCCUAUCUACGUGUUGAUUUCUAUUUACCACAUAUAAAAAUAUUACAAUUUUUAACAAUUUUACACAUGUAUUACUCGCAAGUACUUCAAACCACAACAACCAAAGGAAAUGACUGGUGCCCAUUUCACUUGACAGUCAUUAGUUGAACAUUGAACUAUCUAUUGAUGGUGUAAACUGGCAUCCACAUUAUUAAAUCAUCCAAGAUAACAUUGUAAUGAGCAUUUUGACAGUUAUUUACUUUGAUCUUGUGUGUUGGUCCAGUUUUGGUAAGAAAUUGCCAUCAUGGGUUAAGCUUUAUGUCCUGACAGGGGGUAUAAUACUAGAUUAUUCUAAACUUUAUACAUCAAGGUUAGUUAAGAGUCUAAUCUAAACUUUAUAAUGCAUAUUUUGUUUAGAGGUUAUUCUAAUCAUUAUAAUGCAUAGUUGGUGAAGAGGCAAUUCUAAACUUUAUUAUGCAUAUUUGGUUUAGAGGUUAUUCUAAUCAUUAUAAUGCAUAGUUGGUGAAGAGGCCAUUCUAAACUUUAUAAUGCAUAUUUUGUUUAGAGGUUAUUCUAAUCAUUAUAAUGCAUAGUUGGUGAAGAGGCCAUUCUAAACUUUAUUAUGCAUAUUUGGUUUAGAGGUUAUUCUAAUCAUUAUAAUGCAUAGUUGGUGAAGAGGCCAUUCUAAACUUUAUUAUGCAUAUUUGGUUAAGAGGAUAUUCUAAACUUUAUAAUGCAUGGUUAGUUGGUUAAUUGUAAGAGGAUAUUCUAAACUUUAUAAUGCAUGGUUGGUUAAGAGAGCAUUCCCAAUAUUAUAUAAUGCAUUGUUAAGAGGUUGUUCUAAACUUUAUAAUGCAUGGUUAAUUAAGAGGUUGUUCUGAACUUUAUAAUGUAUGGUUGGAUAAGAGGUCAUUCUUAACUUUGUCAUGCAGGGUUAAUUAAGAGGUUGUUCUGAACUUUAUAAUGCAUGUAAUUCAUGUUUGCUUAAUAGGAUAUCCAAAUCUGUAAUACAGCUGUAAUAAAAUGGUAAAUAUGUCGGAGAAAACCCUCAUUCUCAGUUGUGCUAGGAAAGAUAAAUUUGAUGAAAGAAGCCCUUUGUAAAAGAAACUCUUAUGCUUUCUUUCACCUCAUGUUUCUCUACUGAAUGUAAAAAAAUAGAAAAGAAGUUAAACACCAUUUCAUUCAUUCAUUCUUUUCUGAAGUUUAUCUUUGCUUGGCCUAGCCUCUGACUUGGGGUUUUGUCCCUCCAGAAAACAUUAAGUUUUAUUAUUUAGUGUGUUGAAUUACCUAUAUGGGUGAUACAUGUAGUAGUCAUUUUAGCCGGGUGAGGAUAAGUUAUCUGCACAGUUUCAAGGUCUAACAAUGUAUGUCAAGCACUUUGGUUUGAACAGUUACUAAGCUUUGUAUGCUCUCAAGAUGCUGCUUUUAGGUAACUUGUGUUGAACAAUAGUCAUACAAGGCAUUAGGCCAGAUUCCCACAUCAGUAGAUCUAGUGAACUAGGCAAGAUCGAAAAAAUAUUAUUACAUUGAACGAAACUGUCUUUCAAUCCACAUAAAUUUAUGUCAUUCUUUUAAUAUAAAUAGAGGCAUCUGAACAUUUAAACUGGUCAACUCAACUUCAUGACAGUAUUUGAAGUUUCAUCACAAGAAGACUAUUGUAAUUUCAACUGAUUUAUUGUGUGAAAGACUAAUACAUGUACAAGGCUUAGCUAUCAAAUGAAAUACAU